AUGACUCCUCGUCGCUUCAAAGUGCCUACUCGCCUGACUACAAAUUAUGAGGAGCUUCUUUUUCAAACGACGGCAGUGUUGGCUCCGCGAAUAGCCAAGGGUCUCGCCUCGUUACCAGAGAUCCGCAACUUGUACCAUGUAUGGAUUGGCUACUUCAUCUACAAGGCGUUCAAGUCGAGCGUGAUGUUUCUGUGUCUUCUCAAUCUCACAACUAAUUAUCUCAUCACCAACGUGUUCUCUGCUGACAUGGACACUCGCUUCGAUGCGCUUGUUCUGCUCACGAAAACAAGAAAUAUGCUUUUGGUGCACCUGAUUCAGCAUUAUGCCACUGUGAUAAAGGGUCUACGGUCGUUGCUCAAUCACCAUGGUGACCCAGAAAUGGCGGCGUCAGUGUCGUAUAUUUUGUCUCUUAUGUCCAUUUACGACCCUGGUGCUACUGCCCACUCCACCACAUGUUUUCGGGACGGCAUGUUCCUGGUUCUCAGCUAUACUUUGCACCAGGCCACAAGACAAGGCGUGGAUCCACCACGCUUGAUUCCAAUUCAUCUUCAGCUCAUGACCAAUGUUGCCCGUACAGUAUAUUUGCCAGGAUACGGGACCCUGUUUUUGUACGAGUUCGAAAGCAUGUACGCUCGGUUUGGUGCCAUUCUUGAUCGUGCUGAAAAGUGUCUGCCCCAAGCAGGCAGUAAUUUGGCACUUCUCAAAAAAAAGUAUAACGAGUUAUUGCUGUUUUCAAAAGACGCCAUAAGGCACCAUUUACCAGCACUUGACUCUCAUAUGGACGAUAUUGAAUACCAGGAAGACGUUCUCUUCACCAUGUUCAACCGCUGGUCAAAGUUGCAACCACCAAGAUUUUUAGUGGCCACAAGCCGUGCUGAGGGCCUCGAAAAAGUUCUUAAUUUAUUUUAUCGGGUAUUUCGGAAGGCCAUCUUUGCAGUGGUGCCGCAAGUACGCUUUUUAUUUUUGCGUGACUUCGAUUCUCCUCUAAUGUUGGAUGUGUUUGCCAACUAUAACACCGCCACUAUUUUGGAGGAGCUCAAGGACUCAACCACUGCUUCGAUAGCACAUGAGGUGUAUCAAGAACUCGUACCAGAGCUUCAAUACUUAGCAGCAUACUGCGUGAGACUAAUCACAUUCCUCACCCUUCGUACAACUAUCUUGUACCGAAACUUGGUUUACGAGGAGAGAGUUCGAGAGUUGAUCCCGAUCUACAAUGUUGUGGAGUGGCGAAAGUCAAUCACCAACAUUGAGGUUACCAGGCAAGACUUCCACGAACUCAUUGGGCUACUGGAGUACCCGAUCACAUCUUUUAAGGACACUUACAUAACACACUCACACUAUCCUCAAAUAGUUGAUCCUCAAUCCCCAGGUGCCAAGUUAGCCACACCAAAGCCCCCAGAUAAUGACGGCGCCGACGGUCAGGUGGACAUGUUGUCGCUUCAGCCACAUGGGCUCUUGAAGCACGACGUGUUUCCAGAGAUCUGA